AUGCAGUGGGUUACUUACUUUAGGACAACGGCUUCUGCGUUGAAAAGGAAGCUGACAGGCCUUCCAAAGUCAGAGCGGACGCCAGACAACAAACAUUUGAUAGAGUUCGUGCUGCUGUGGAAAAGAGUCCUUGCAGGGAAGAUAAAAGGAGACCAUACCGAUGUCAAAGGUGAAAAACCAGCAAGUGGGAAAGCAUUUGAAUUGAAGAAUGGAGUUAUCGCACAUUUGUUCACGUGGCGGUGGUCAGAUAUUGCCGAUGAAUGUGAGCAGUUUUUGUCCAAAAAAGGGUUUGAUGGUGUCCAAAUCUCUCCUCCUGCAGAGCACGUUAAGUCAAAUGGACUCUGGGCUAGGUACCAAGUAGUCUCAUAUCAGCUGGCCAGCAAUUCAGGGAGUGAAAAUCAGCUGAGAGAUAUGGUUAAAAGGUGUAACAAUGUUGGUGUUAGGGUUUUUGCCGAUGUUGUAUUAACCCACAUGACAGAUAUAACGGAAAGACGUGUUGGCGUGGCAGGUACAUCUUUUUACCCUGAAGACAAGUAUUACCCGGGUGUACCAUACACAAAAGAAGAUUUCUAUCCACCCUGUACAAUAACUGACCCGUCUGAUGCAAAACAGAUACGAGAGUGUCAAGAUGAUGAACUGAAUGACUUGAACCAUUCUCGUGAAUCAGUAAGGGAGAAGAUUGUGCAUCAUUUGAACCACUUGAUAGAAAUCGGGGUAGCUGGUUUUAGGAUAAAUUUUGCCGAUAUAAUGUAUCCUGAUAACUUGUCAGUGAUCUACCAAAGACUGGAUUAUCUCAACACAGAACACGGCUUCCCUGCAGAAACUAGACCUCUGAUAUUCCAUGAAGUCUAUACUUUUGAUGAUGAGGGGCCAAUAAAGUAUGAGGAGUACACCCCACUAGGAUUAGUCCUGGACUUUACGUUUGGCCUUCAGUUGGGGAAGUUUUUUCAAGGCAAACAAAAUCUCAAAGAUCUUCAGAACUUUGGCUCAGAAGGAAUUAUCCUGCCAAAACAACAGCGUGUUGUGUUUGUUGAAAAUCAUAUCACGGAACGAUUACCACUAUUAUCAGUAGACUUGUUUCUAAGCUACAACAAACCAAAAGCGUACAAGAUGGCAGUGAUUUUCAUGUUGGCUCAUGGAGAUGACACUUGCAAGAUAUUUUCGGGUUACCGGUUCGAAGAUGUACGUCAAGGCCCUCCUGAUCUGCCUCCUCGUCCUAUCAAGAGAAACGUUUGUUCCAACGGUUGGGAGUGUCAACAUCGGUGGCGUCAGAUAUACAAUGCAGUGGAAUUCCACAAUGUUGUCAAAGGUACGCCAGUGACUAAUUGGUGGAGCAAUGGGAAAAAUCAAAUUGCUUUUUGUCGAGGAAACAAAGGAUUUGUGGCUUUUAAUUUGGACAAUGUUGAAUUAAACCAGAAUCUAAAGACAUGCCUGCCAGAGGGAGAAUAUUGUGAUAUAAUAUCUGGAGAAGUUACAACUACAGGGUGUUCUGGCAAAACAAUAAAAGUUGAAAAAGACGGAAAAGCAAACAUAGUUAUACCAGAGAACGCAAGUCCUGAUGACGGUGUUGUGGCAAUCCACAUUCAAUCUGGAACUGUGUACGGAGAUGGGAAUCGGAAGAAAACUGAGAUGUAA